AUGUCAAUAUCUUUGCCUUCGGCGCAUACGGUUGAUAAUAUUUCUGAAUACGAAAAUUCAGAAAUUGUCGAAGUUAAUAGGGAUUCAAUAAUUAAUAUUUCGCAAAGCUUUAAUUAUGGCAGCGCCAUUAAAAAUCCUAGACAAUUUCGUGCAUUGUCUAGAUUAACGUUAACGUUAACAGUUCGAAACUGGAAAACCAACUUCUGUUGUAUCUUCAUAACACCACUAUUAAUGAUGAUAAUCAUGCAAUUUGUGAUUAUCGCGGUUUAUCCUGGAAUAAAAGAAGACGAAAACAAACCACAAGUAGUCUAUUGCUCCAACAGUAACACUUAUAUGAAUUCGACUUAUGGAAAUAUUCCAACGUUAGGCAAGGAAGAUGGAGUAUUUUUUCAUCGGAAUGCAUCGUCUCCGAAACUCUUGGAGGAUGUUGUUCGUCCAUGGAUUUUGCAAAGCGAUCAAUAUUUUAAUAAUGAUGCCAGUAGUUCCGAUUAUAGAAGUUGCUCUAAUUUAUUAACGGGAAAUCAAGAUAGUUACACAACAAAUCCAAGUCCAUAUUUUCUCUCCAUCGAAAAUUCUGACGAUUCUCAACAAGAUACAACUUAUUUACCGAAACCUAAUAAUGGCUGGUGGAAUUUUAAUAAUUCUAAUAAUUUAUUGUAUGAUCAUGUGCCACAAACAUUUCCCUAUGGAUAUAUAGUAGCGGAUGGUAUAGAUGAGUUAUCUUUUGCUACCAGUGAUCCCGCAACAAAGAUUUCAACUGUCUUGAAUCAAUUAAGCACGUGCAUAAAUAGCAAUAUAAGCGAAUAUUCUGCUAAGCCAGAGUUCCAAGAUAUCGUAUCCAAUUUAUACGAAUGCUUAAACUCCAGCGCAACUCGGAAAGACCAAGGCCCUUUUUUAAACAAUGUCCCUCACAAGUAUUUUAAUCUUCCGGUCAAUCUUGAAAACUUCACAGACCAAGCGCAAGGAAUUUCAUUAUCUAAGGCUAAUAUAAAAUUUGAUACUGGAGUGUUCAGUCAAUCUCAAAAGUCAUCCGUUAAUCAAGAUUUAUUUUCAGAUUUUAAUGAGACUUUUGCAGCUUUCAAAACAUUAGCCCUCUCACAAUUAUCAGAAACUAAUUCAUCAAGCAACGUCACAAUUUUAAAUCCACUACCUCAUGGCGCAAUCAUAUUCGAUAACCUUGACACCGAAAAUGGAGUUGUCUCAUAUACACUUCAAUAUGGGUAUCUUCCAAAAAUAUUGAAUAUAAUCUUAAAAAAUAACGAUAUUUACAAUAAUCCCGACUUUCGUCAAGUACUUGCCAAUAAUAGUAACUUUGCCUCAUUAUUUUAUCUUCUCUUGGAUUAUCCAAGUGCCGGGUUCAGACGUUUAAUUGCUUCAAGUCAGAUAACAAACGCACUAUCAAAAGGGCAAGUUGAAAUUGUAGCUAAACUACAGGCUAUGCCUCGAAAAUUCGAUAUAAGCGAAUUAAAUCCGGAUGUAACGGCAAUAAUUGGUUGGGUGUUUUAUCCAUAUGCGGUAUCUUUCUUGAUGCCAAUAUUUGUGAUGAUACUCGUACGCGAGAAAGAAGAGCGUGUAUUUAUAAUUAUGAAAAUGUCUGGACUUAGCGCAUUUAAGCACAUGUUGAAUCAUUAUAUAGAAUUCACUAUUAUGCAAGCAGCUUCUUGUCUAGUGUUUUAUCUGAUUGGUUUCGCAUUGCAGUAUACGAUCUUUACUCGUACAGAUCCCUCUCUUUUAUUGCUCUAUUUCUUUAUCUGGGUAAAUGUUCAAGUGGCAAUGGGAUUCCUGUUCAGUUCCUUUUUCUCAAAAACUCGACGCGCUAUAGUCACGGUUUAUGUGUUUGUUGUGCUAUCUGCUAUCAUUAGUGGAAUAACCGUUUAUAUAUUCGGCAACAAUAGUCCACCGACCCUUUGGUACCUACAUCCGUCUUUCGCAUUCUACGAAGGUCUUCGUGAUAUUACAAGACGCGCGAGUUUAGCAGGCGGUCUCCGACCAUAUGAUCUCGGACAUCUUAAUGCAUCCGAUGAGCUUUUAGCAAUUAUGGAAAUUCUUUCUCUCGAGUGGAUAGUCAUGAUGUUGUUAACUUUAUACCUUCAAGCUGUUCUACCAACCAAAUACGGCAUCCCUAAAGAUUACUUUUUUUUCAUCACGGAACCAUACAACUGGGCGAAAAGACGAUUUUCCUCUGAAGAAAUCUCAGCAUUAGAUGGCACAAAACUUUUUCACAAAUCGAUAAUAGAAGGGCUCGCCAACACAACUGAUGACAAUUUGAAAGAUCCGGACAUAAAAGACGAAGAACGACGAAUCCUUAACAAUGAGAUUAAUCCAUCAAAUUGUAAUCUCAUAGUUAAACAACUCGUGAAAGUUUAUCGCAAUAAGAAAUUGGCUGUUAACCGGUUAUCGUUUUCCGCAGAGAAAAAUAUGGUUUUUGGAUUGCUUGGACCUAAUGGUGCUGGAAAAUCUUCGGCUAUACAUGUUAUGACUGGGUUGUAUCCGCCGACUGCUGGUACGGCGUACGUAGCAGGAUAUGAUAUUCAAACUGAUAUGGCUAAAGUUUACACUGAGAUAGGUGUUUGCCCACAAUAUGAUCUCCUAUGGUCUGACUUGACAAUAGAGGAACAUUUAUUGUUUUAUGCACGACUUCGAGGUGUUAGUCCAAAAAUGGAAAAACAAGCUGUAGAGCACGCAUUAGAGCAGGUGGAGUUGACAAAAUUGAAAACUCGUCUUACAAAGAGUUUAAGUGGUGGAGAAAAGCGUCGCCUUUCUAUUGCAAUCGCAUUGACAGGAGAUAGUAAGGUGUUGUUCCUUGACGAGCCAACUACUGGUCUUGACCCUGAUGUUCGUCGUACUAUUUGGGGAAUUAUAGCGAAAGCUAAAAGAGGCAAAACAAUUAUUUUAACCACACAUUCGAUGGAAGAAGCAGAUGCUUUAUGUGAUAAAAUAGGAAUAGUUGCAGCUGGCCAAUUGCGUUGUCUUGGAUCCCCAUUGUAUCUAAAAACAACACACGGUUCCGGAUUUCAACUACUUAUAAACUCUUCACAAUUAAGUUUUGCUUGUUCUCGGAUAGAACCAUAUAUAACAACCCCAUUCAGAAAAAUUAUUAAAUCUGCUACAGCGGCAGCAUAUCAAUUUGAUGCUAAUCGCGGAGUUAUUUCGAGGUUGUUUAAAGGUUUGGAAGAGAAGAAAAAAGAAUGGGGCAUUGUCGAUUAUUCUAUUACUCAAAGUACUUUGGAGGAUCAAAUCAAAAACGGUCGUCCGCCAACUUAUUUCGACACUACCGGUAGAAAUGUCAGCGAAACUAUGCAUACCUAUUAUAGGCAACACAAUUUACCAAACGAUCCGCUCGAAUUGAUUGUCAUAAUUCUGCCGAAAAAAAUUUCUCAACUUUACGGCGAAAUCAAAAAAGUUUCCGAUACGGAAUUAGGCGUCCCAUCCCAAUGUAUAAUUGCCGAUCGCCUAAAUAAGCCACGCAACUUCUCAACUUGGACGAAUCUUUCAAUGAAAAUCAAUUCGAAAUUGGGCGGUUGCAAUUUAUUUUUGCCAAAAAGUUCUCUGCCAAAAGCGAUUGAAUCAAUGCCGCUCUCGCCUUCGGCGAUUGGCGGUAAAGGUGGUAAUGGUGGCACAAAUAAUGCCUAUAGUAAUUGUGUCGAAGGGAAGUUGGAUAACUCUAAUAGUAUCUGUUAA